UGGUGAUGUUACUGAACUUCGAAACGCACGACGCAGCACAGAGGCAACGCAGCUCUACAGGCGAGCUGGCAAAGAGCCAACAUUGUACUUUGAGGCAGCAACGUGCGAGACUGGCGCUGUCAGAGAAGCAGUGACAUUUGUCGGUGCUCAGAGCGAUUACUUUGAAUUAUGACCGUGGGACAGCUGAGCGAGAAGGUCAAAUUGUUUUUGACGUUUGUUGCCGGGGUGACAGAGUGCCUCUGCUUUGCGGGUGCGAUCCAAGGCUGGCCUUCCCUGGUCUUUGUGCUGAAGGAGGAAGACUACUUCACUGACCUCUGUAUCCCUCUGUACAACUCCAGUGAUCAUGGGCCGAGGAAUUCAACUGGUGAAGGACUUGUAUUCCACUGCAUUGCCCUUUCCCCGUACCGCACCUGCGCUGUCCGCCCAUCGCUCACUCUCCACCUCUCUCUCAUUGUCUCUCUCUCACUCUUUCUCUCAGUGGGCUGUGAUCCGCAGGGCGAACGAUUCACCCUCAUCUUCACCAUCGCCGUUUUGACCAUGAAUAUCGCGAGUAUUGCCAGCGGGGUUCUGCUGGACAGCUGCGGAAUCAUGCCAACGCGCUUCCUGGCCAGCUUCCUCUUCACCACAGGCAGUUUAAUGGUCGCUUUUACCACUGCGGCCUCGGCUCUGAUGCUGUUUCCCGCUAUCGCAUUAAUAGGAAUGGGAGGAAUGUUGGUGCUCACAACAAACAUAAAGGCUGGAAAUCUGUUCGGGAGGCAUCGCUCCACAGUGAUCACCUUGUACAACGGAGCCUUCAAUACCGGUGCAGCCGUCUUCCUGCUGGUCAAGGUGACGUUUGAAGCCGGAUUCCCCCUGAAGUCGUCCUUCCUGUUCAUCGGUUGCUUGAGCGUCCUGCAGAUUCUGUUCACGGUCUUUCUCCUUCCUUGGAAGCACAUUCCCUAUCCACUGCCGGAGGGUUUUACCUACGGGGUAUCAGUGUUGGAAAACAUCCUUCCGCUAUCUGGGACACCAGAAAUGCACAAAAUACUGAGAGUCGUAAAGUUUGAGACGUUCAGGUUGAUGCGACGUCGGAAGGACAUGGCUCCCCAGAGAAUCCCAAGUCUGGGAGCUGUUCGGAUCGAAGGAGACGGGGAGGAGAGCAGGGAGGAGAUGGGAAGAGGUUCACUAUUCACGGAAACGGAUGAGGAAGUUGCCACUUUCUGGAGCUGCGUCUUUUCUCGGCUAUUCCUCAGCAACCUGCUAUGGUUCUCGCUCAUUCAGCUCCGCAUCGUCAUUUUCUUCGGUGCCCUGAACCCCUUGCUCAAUCUCAUGCUGAAGGGUGAUACCGAGCAAGUCAGCAAGUUUACAAACGCCUUUGCCAUCAUCCAGUUGUUUAGCAUCUUCUGCGCCCCGGUAAACGGCUUAAUUAUGGAUCGACGGAAAUUGAGAUGUCGGCGGUUGGACUCAGUCUCAGGUUCGGAUGCCUACAGCAGACUGGCAGAGAUGGAGGCUGCGGUCUUACCUCUCGCCCUCACCGUCACUCUCUCGGUCCUGUUCUCUGUGACUGCCGCCAUCCCUGUACCAGAGCUUCAGUAUUUCACGUUUGUUCUGAUAAUGAUCAUCGGCGCCUUCCUCUAUGGGGGUUUCUCCGCGUUUCAAGCCAUCACCUUUCCGCCAUGUCACUUCGGGAAACUAUACGGGACAUCAUUGGCCGUGGGCGCUGUGAUCUCUCUUUUGCAGUAUCCUUGCCUCAUCCUCGUUAACGGUCCGUUGCAGCACAAUCCGCUGUAUGUAAGUAGCGGAAGCCCAAAGACUCUCCGUAACGCGAGUCUGUCUACCUACCAUCCAGAGAGAUGGGUGGAAAUACAGCAACAAAGAGGUAGACUCCCAGCUAGGAUACUGUGUCAUAUUCCCAUAUCCGUACUGUAAGGCUGAUCGGAGAGCUCUUGUAAGGAUGCAGAGGUAAUGACGGGAGAUAACCGUUGGGAUACUGAUACAGCUAGUUCUGUUUCUCUUAGAGAAGAGAUGGUUUAAAGGAAAGACAUAGACAACCUCAAACUUUAAAACCUUUUCGCGGUGUAAAUGAGGAGACUGAUUUCUGGUGAUUGCAGAGGCUUUGUGGAUGUCCGCAGGGGCAUAGGCCAAAAUCAAGGAACAAAACCGCCUUGGCUUGCGAGUCUGAAGUCUCUCUAAGUCCUUCCAACUCGCGAAUCUCACUGGUAUAAAUAUAAAUUCAAGUUGUCUUCGGUGGAUGAAAGUUCCUAUUAGCGCACACGGAACAAGAUGAGUAAUGUCAUGUAGUUAGAAAAGAAGCAGAAGAGAUUCAUAAGCGUGUUAGAUGGUCUUAGUGACUUCCAUUAUAGGCACGGGUUCGAUAACAGUGAGGUUUCCUUCUUCGGAGCCGAUGAGGCCCUGGGAUGACCUAAUUGAGAUAUGCAAGAACACAAGGAAAUUGGAUGAAAUGUGCGUUCACAAUUUUUUUCCAUGUGGAGGAUUCAAAAAUUAUGGGAUAUUUAGGCACAAGAUGACAGUUAGCCCGACAUCGAUGGUGAGGAGGAUGCUGGAGUCAAUUAUAAAAGAUGAAAUAGCCGCACAUUUGGAUAGCAGUAACGGGAUCGGUCCGAGUCAGCAUGGAUUUACGAAGGGGAAAUCAUGCUUGACUAAUUUUCUGGACUUUUUGAAGAUGUAACUAGGAAAAUGUACAAGGGAGAGCCAGUGGAUGAAGUGUACCUGGACUUUCUGAAAGCAUUUCAUAAGGUCCCACAUAGGAGAUUAGUGGGCAAAAUGAGGACACCUGCUAUUGGGGGUAGCGUGCUGACAUGGAUACAAAAUUGGUUGGCAGACAGGAAAUAAAGACUAGGGAUUAACGUUUCCCUUUCAGACUGGCAGGCAGUGAUUAGUGGGGUACCGCAAGGCUCGGUGCUGGGACCGCAGCUAUUUACAAUAUACAGCUAUUUACAAUAUACAUCAAUGAUUUAGCAAAUUUGCAGAUGACACAAAGCAGGGUGGCAGUGUGAACUGUGAGAAGGAUGCUAUGAGAAUUCAGGGUGACUUGGACAGGUCGGAGGAGUGGCAGAUGUAUGGCAGAUGCAGUUUAAUGUGGAUAAAUAUGAGGUUAUCCACUUUGGUAGCAAAAACAGGAAAGCAGAUUACUAUCUAAAUGGCGUCAAGUUGGGAAAAGGGGAAGUACAACGGGAUCUGGGAGUCCUUGUUCGUCAGUCUAUGAAAGUAAGCAUGCAGGUACAGCAGGC